AUGGUACUGUCCUUAGAGGUUAUUGAAGCCACUUCUUUUCUGACUGAUUUGAUUGCGCAGGAAGAGGGAUGGCCUCUUGGUCUGCAACCUGUGAAUGUGAGGGUUGGGCUGGUGAGAAGUCGAGAUUUUUCGGGAUCAGUAUCAUUCAACACUUUGCUCAGUGGGUCUCCUAGUGCCUCAACUGAUUCUUCAUCGGAUUUGGACACGGAGUCCACAGGAUCUUUCUUUCAUGACAGAAGCACCACACUUGGGAGCCUUAUUGGUGUCUCUAACAUUGUAAAUCUCUCCAGAAGAUCAAUAAGAGGAAAAAAUCCAGAAACCAUAGAAGGCACGAAGACCUACAGACCCAAGACUUGGUGUUUUUCACUAUGCCCAAGGGACAGUACUGAUGCUAAGAGUGUGAACAAAAACACUCCAUCACUUGGUCACUUCCUUGCAGUGGAGAGAAGAGCAGCUAAUGAACAUAGAAUGAGCUAUAGCCCUACAAUUUUUGUGCCCGAUGAACUUGCCCUGGCUCAGUCUGAUGCACAACCGAACUCACUAUUUGUCGAUGGCUGCAUUGCUCCUCCUCAAUCAAGUCCAUUAACCAGUUCAGAUGCUGAAAGAAGACAGAGCAGAGGAUUAGAGCAUGGUGAUGGGUAUGGAGUUGCAGGGCUGUUUCCAUGCAUGUGUGGACAACCAACUUCAUAA